AGCCAAUCGGCGGCCGCAGAGUCCCCGGGGCCGAUAGCCGGGAGCGCUGUGCCGGGAGCCGGGAGCUGAGCGCGCCGGGCUGGGGCCGGGGCCGGAGCGGAGCGGAGCAGAGAGGGAGCGCACCCGCCCCAGCCCCGAGUCCCGCCGCCUGCCCUCCCGCCGCGUCGCGGGCUCAGCGGCCGCCGCCCCAGCCAUGGAGCAAGACAACAGCCCGCGGAAGAUCCAGUUCACCGUCCCGCUGCUGGAGCCGCACCUUGACCCCGAGGCGGCGGAGCAGAUUCGGAGGCGCCGCCCCACCCCUGCCACCCUCGUGCUGACCAGUGACCAGUCCUCCCCAGAGAUAGAUGAAGACCGGAUCCCCAACCCGCUUCUCAAGUCCACGUUGGCCAUGUCUCCACGACAACGGAAGAAGGUGACAAGGACCACACCCACAAUGAAAGAGCUCCAGAUGAUGGUUGAACAUCACCUGGGGCAACAGCAGCAGGGAGAGGAACCCGAGGGAGCAGCUGAGAGCACAGGGGCCCAGGAGUCCUGCCCGCCUGGGAUGAAAGACACAGAAGCGGAGUUAAGGCUGGGCUCGUCUGGGAGAGCACAAAAGCCUGCAGAACCCAUCCCUAAAGCUCAGGAGAGGGGCAGUGAGAAACCCAGCAAAGAGGAACCCACAACCCAUAUACCACCAUUGGAUUCCCAGGGAGCCAACUCGGUCUGAGAGUGGAGGAGGUAUCCUGCAAUGGAGACUGCGGUUGGGAAUGCAUGGACACUGGAUCAGUUUCUUACUCUUCACUUUUGGGAAAAAUCUCUUGUUUUUAAAAAGUGAUAAAUUUGGUGUUAGGUC